CUAUACCAAAAUUUAGCAAUGGAAGUAAAAAGUCUAGCUCCAACUCUUUUCCUCUUCUUCCUUCUGUUUGGAACCUUAACAGCUUCCCCCACCCUCAAAUCCAAGCCUCACCAUCGCCGUCCUCUCCCUUGCAAACGCCUCGUUUUCUAUUUCCACGAUAUUAUUUACAACGGCAAAAAUUCCAAGAAUGCAACAGCAGCAAUUGUGGGUGCACCCGCCUGGGGCAACAAGACCAUAUUGGCAGGGAAAAACCAUUUUGGGAAUAUGGUUGUGUUUGACGAUCCGAUCACUUUGGACAACAACUUGCGCUCGACCCCGGUUGGUCGUGCUCAAGGCUUUUACUUGUACGACAAGAAAGAUAUAUUCACUGCUUGGCUCGGGUUCUCCUUCGUGUUCAACUCAACCCAACACAGGGGGAGCAUCAACUUUGCUGGGGCUGAUCCAUUGAUGAACAAGACCAGAGACAUUUCAGUCAUUGGUGGAACUGGUGACUUCUUCAUGACUAGAGGGAUUGCUACUUUGUCAACUGAUUCAUUUGAGAAUGAAGUCUAUUUCCGUCUCAAAGUUGACAUUAAGCUGUACGAGUGUUGGUAACCAUAGAGAUUGUGACUAGCUAUUUGCUGUACGUGUUGCUUGUUUUUGGAUCAAUGUUUUUCCAUUUGAUUUCACUUUGUACUCGAGUUUUAAGCAUGCAGCUAACACUCUUUUCCUGUUUUGAUUCUAAUGUAUUUUCAUAUAUGAGCGAAAAUUUGAUGUUUUGUUUUAUCAAUAUAUGAA